CCCCGUUUCCACACAAACCAUUCAGCCCAUCCACACAAGUCCACUAUAUAUUACAUUCACAUACAUUCACUGUUCCAUUGCCUACUCUUCAUUGCCUACGUACGCAACUCAAAUAAACAGAAAUAUAUGGAUCGAGUUUUCCAAUUGGCGGCGGAGAGGCCGGUGGUGGUGUUCAGCAAGAGCACUUGCUGCAUGUGCCACACCAUCAAAACCUUGUUCUUCGACUUUGGCGUCAACCCAACGGUCUACGAGCUCGACCACAUCCCCGGUGGCAGGGAGAUCGAGCACGCACUGGCUCGACACGGUGCUGCCAAUGAUUUUCCUGUGGUGUUCAUCGACGGGAACCUUGUUGGUGGUGCCAAUGAGAUCAUGACCCUCCAUCUCAAGGGUUCCUUGUCUGGCAUGCUCAAACGAGCUGGUGCGCUUUGGCUCUGA